GCCUCGCGAGGGCGGCCGGCGGAAGCGGAAGUCGACGGCGUCCCGGCCGCCCGUGCCCCUGGCCCCGCCCCCACCCCCGGCCCCGCCCCCCCGCGCCAUGGCGCUGUUCGAGCAGAUGCGGGCCAACGUGGGCAAACUGCUCAAGGGCAUCGACCGGUACAACCCCGAGAACCUGGCCACACUGGAGCGCUACGUGGAGACGCAGGCCAAGGAGAACGCUUACGACCUGGAGGCCAACCUGGCCGUGCUCAAGCUGUACCAGUUCAAUCCUGCUUUCUUCCAAACCACCGUCACGGCUCAGAUCCUGCUCAAAGCCCUGACCAACCUGCCGCACACGGACUUCACCCUCUGCAAGUGUAUGAUCGACCAGGCUCAUCAAGAAGAGAGGCCGAUUAGGCAGAUCCUCUACCUGGGAGAGCUACUGGAGACCUGCCACUUCCAGGCCUUCUGGCAAGCCCUGGAUGAGAACAUGGAGCUUCUGGAUGGGAUCACGGGGUUUGAAGACUCCGUUAGGAAGUUCAUCUGCCACGUGGUCGGGAUCACGUACCAGCACAUCGACCGGUGGCUGCUUGCUGAGGUGCUGGGUGACCUCUCGGGUAAGGCCCUUCAGUCCUCCAGCACCCACUGUGGGCUCAUGGGUGCCACCUGCGCUCGCCGUUUCCUUGGCAGGUCUCCCAUCCCUGCUCUGAAUUAGCUCCACAAUGACCGGGCUCCUCCUGCCGCAGGAUAUUGCCCCAUGUACAGAUCAGGGCUGUGCCACUGCAGGCCUGGAGCAGACAGUCCCUGGGGGGGGAGAGGGGAGGUUAACUGACCUGGAGGCUCAUGUGUUGAGAGGAGAAGCUGUGGGAUGAGUGGGCCCAGCUCAGUGCAGUUAAACCCAGGCCUGAGCUCAGCUGUGCUGUAGCAAAGAACAGAAUCCCUUCCUGUGUCCCCUUGGCCGGGGGCUCCUGCCAGCCAGCCCCGCGAUCUCAGCUGGCAGGUUAAGAGGAAGAACCAAGGUAGCAGACGCGUGGGGCUAGAGGAUCAGAGUUGGAGCAGCGCCCCAGCCUGCCUGGGGCUGGGUUCCUGUGUCGCCCGAGCACAACCACCCUGGCUGAGACUGGCCUGGCCUGGCCUGCAGGCUCUAGCAUCCACCGCUUCCCCUUGAGGGUCCUUUCUUAGACACGAUCCUGUCCGGCGUUAACCGGGGGGCAAAGGCUCCGUCUGCUCAGCCUCCCGGCCCCUCUCUCUGCAGACAACCAGCUGAAGGUCUGGAUGAGCAAAUAUGGCUGGACAGAAACGGAGUCGGGCAAGAUCUUCAU